AUGGGAUCAUUUAAAAAUUCACAUUCAUCAAAGAAGAGAUUAAAAGAAAGUUUUGUUCUCCUUUUUAUCCUGAUCGGUAGCCGUCUGGCUGCCUGUUUCACAGGCAAAGAAGCCGAGAAUUUUGUUGUACCACCGACCACAGAUAAUAUAUCGGACGUACAAGCACAACCACACAUCGCAUACUUAUCGGCCUAUACGGCGACCAACGAAAAAGCCGAUGCUCUAUCUUAUCGAUUGUACGUCACUGUCGUCCCGGGCCCGCGUUCGCUUCACUUGUCAAUUAAGAUGACGUGCCGCGUUUUAGCCCCACUAACUGUCACUUGUCAUUUUUUUGACGCUUCGGCCCGGCGAGCGGGGAUUAGUGGAGGGACCGAGGAGAAAUUUGAGACUGUUAACGAUACCAACGACAAUCCACCGGUGUUUCUGGAACAAGCCUAUUCCUUCGACAUUCCAGAGAACGCAGUGAGGGGAUCCAGAGUAGGUCAAGUGAAAGCCACAGAUCUGGACUUGGGAAUAAACGCCCAAUUGACUUACACGGUCAUCAGCGACUGGGCCAACGAUGUAUUCUCUCUGAAUCCUCAAACGGGAGUGUUUACUCUAACCUCCAAAUUGGAUUACGAAGAGGUUCAGCAUUACAUUCUGGUGGUUCAAGCUCAAGAUUCGGGCAGUCAUCCCUUAUCCAGCACCCUUACAGUGUACUGCAAUGUCCUGGAUCUGAACGACAACACGCCUUUGUUCGAUCCCAUGUCCUACAGUAACGAAGUUUUUGAAAAUGUUACUGUUGGUACCAGUAUUGUUACAGUCAGUGCCACAGAUUUAGAUUCGGGUGAGAAUGGGAAAAUAUCUUACAGCAUCACCUCGGGAGAUCCCAAUCAAGAUUUUCAAAUUGCUGAGAAUGGUACCAUCACCACCAAAAGAGACUUGGACAGAGAAACCAUCAGUUUGUAUACUUUGGUGGUUACUGCUACUGACAGAGCUGUGGCACCCGAAAAAAGACUGUCAUCUACAGUACAAGUUACCGUGAUUAUAAAAGACGUAAAUGACAUGGCUCCGGAGUUUGUCACCUCAAAUGAAACAACAGUCACUGAGAACAUUGCCAAAAAUACAAUGGUCAUGGCCAUAAAGGCAAUUGAUAGAGAUGAAGGUCGAAAUGGUUACAUUGAGUACUCUCUUUCAUCCAACCCUGUGUUUUCUCUGGGUCAAGUUGAUGGUGUACUCAGAGUGGCAGGUAACAUAGACAGAGAACUUCGGAACAACUACUCCUUACUGAUCACAGCGAAAGAUCGAGGAGACCCACCCAAAAGUGCCAAUAUGUCUCUUCUAGUUCGAGUAUUGGACGAAAAUGACAACAGUCCGGUGUUUGACCCAAAACAGUACAGUGCUAGCAUAGCUGAAAACGCUUCUAUCGGAGCUAUGGUCUUACAGGUAUCAGCAACUGACGUAGACGAUGGCCUAAAUGGCCGUGUUCGUUACUCCAUCAGCCAAGGCGACGCCAAUAGGGAUUUCAGCAUAGCCGAAGACACUGGAGUGGUUAGAGUUGCCAAAAACCUGAACUACGAACGAAGAUCCAAGUAUGUUUUGACAGUAAAAGCAGAAGACUGUGCUGGUGACGUCAACGAAGGAGUCGUUCGGUCUGAUACAGCUGAAAUCACUAUUUUGGUGUCGGAUAUAAACGAUAAUCCGCCAACGUUCCUGGAUUCUCCGUAUUUGGCGUAUGUCAUGGAAAAUGUCAUUCCACCUAAUGGAGGUUAUGUCAUCACAGUUCAAGCUUAUGACGCUGACACUCCACCAUUCAAUAAUCUGGUCAGAUAUUUUAUAAAAGAAGGCGACACUGACAUUUUCCGUAUCAACGCUUCAACUGGAGAUAUAUCUCUGUUACGAGCUUUAGAUAGAGAAAUACAGGAUGAAUAUACGCUUAGUUUAGUUGCUAUGGAUACCGGCUCACCACCACUGACAGGCACAGGCACGUUAAGAAUUGUAGUCCAAGACGUCAACGAUCACAGUCCAGAGUUCAAAAGACAAUCGUACUAUGCAACGGUUAAAGAAAAUUUGCCCGUAGGCACCUGGGUACUUACAGCACUAGCUACAGACAAAGAUGUAGGCCUGAACGCUAAAGUCAGAUACAGCAUCCUGGGAGACAAAAUUGACGGUUUUAUAGUUGACCAGAACACUGGAGUUAUCACCACCAACGAGAUAUUGGACAGGGAAGAAACAGACUCGUACUUCUUAACUCUGAUAGCUCAGGAUUGUUCUGCUACUGAACCUCGAGCCACAGCUGUCAAUCUAACCAUCACUGUCCUUGACGAAAAUGACAAUUCGCCUAUAUUUUCCAUGCCUAGAUACGAGAUAUAUAUUUCUGAUCAUACCAAGGCAUCAGAAUUUGUUUUCGGAGCUCAAGCUACCGAUUCCGACUCAGGACUGAACAGCAAAAUUACUUACAUCCUCACAGGAGAACACGCCUAUAAUUUCACCAUUGAUCAAGACACAGGAGUGAUCAGGGCACUCUACGACCUACAGAGAUCAUCCACCAAGGUUUUUAACUUGGAAAUUGAAGCCAAAGAUGGUGGAAGUCCUUCGCGAACAGCAAGCACAGAAUUAAAAGUAUAUUUGAAAUCGGAUGAUUUGUUUCCAAGAUGGAACACUCCGGGAAAGACACACUUUAUAUUGCCGGAAAAUGUGGAGGAUGGUAAAGUAUUUGCCAGGUUGAAGGCCAGCUCACCUAAGAAGGGACCAAGCGGUGAUGUAAAAUAUUCCAUAGCAGGAGGUAAUGUUGGCGAUUCGCUCAAAAUCGAUAAAAACUCCGGAGAAAUCCAGGUUUCCGGCAAGGGUCUGGAUUACGAAACGGCAAAAACGUACGAAGUGUGGAUUGAGGCGCAAGACAGCGACAUUCCACCGUUGCGCAGUGUCUUAAGACUAACCAUUAACGUUACGGACUACAACGACAAUCCUCCAGUAAUGAAAAAUCAACUCUACAACGCUUCGAUUAUGGAAGAAGAAACACCACCCUUGCUUGUAGCACAAGUAACAGCAACCGAUCUAGACUCAAAAGAAAAUGGCGUCAUCACCUACAAACUCUUGGAUGAUUUUGAUGGAUCUUUUGAAAUAGAUUCUAGCAGUGGCGAGAUUUAUACCCAGGCAAGAUUAGACAGAGAAGAUAUAGCUAACUAUGAACUUACCGUCAUUGCUGUAGACCAGGGUCAGCCACAACUAUCUGGAACAGCCACAGUUCUGGUGACAGUUCUGGAUAAAAACGACAACCCUCCACGAUUCACCAGGCUUUUUAGUGUGAACGUCACGGAAAAUGCCGAAAUUGGUUCUUUCGUGAUCAGGGUCACUAGCUCUGAUCAGGAUAUCGGUGAUAAUGCCAAGGCAACUUACAGUUUUACCGAAAAUCCUGGAGAUAAGUUUAAGAUUGAUCCAGUAAGCGGAAAUGUAACAGUUGUAGGUUACCUGGAUAGAGAACAACAAGACGAAUACCUCCUCAAAGUAUCCGCAGUUGAUGGAGCAUGGAGAUCAGAAACAGCCAUGACCAUCACUAUCCAGGAUCAGAACGACAACGCUCCAGAAUUUGAGCAUUCCUACUAUAGUUUCAACUUUCCAGAGCUCCAGAGGGAUGUGGUGUUCGUUGGACAGGUCAUAGCUACAGACAGGGAUAAGCAAGGGCCUAAUUCAGUGAUCAGCUACUCGUUGCAACAGCCUUCUGAUUUGUUUACUGUGGAUCCAGCUUCGGGGGAGAUUUUCAGCAAACAGAGCAUCAGAUACAAAUACACCCAGAUGGAAUCUUCUCCAGAAAACACCUACUCCUUAACAAUCCUGGCUACUGAUAAUGGUAAACCUCCCAUGUCUUCUGAAUGCAUGGUGACCAUCAACGUGGUAGACGCAAACAACAACGCUCCCAAAUUCGAACAGCAGGAAUACCUGUCACCGGUUCCUGAAGAUGCUUUCCCUGGACAACAGCUGGUUAAAGUCGUGGCUAAAGAUGAGUUCGAUGCUGGAGUCAAUGCUGAAAUUGAGUACAAUAUUUCUGGAGGCAAUAGUUCCAGUUAUUUUGUUAUUGAUAAGGACAGUGGAUGGAUAUCUUUGAGGGAAAAAGUACACGAUGUUGGAGUUAUUUACACCCUCCGUAUUCAAGCCAUCGACAAAGGCAUCCCACCUCAAAUGGACGAAUGUACUGUCACCAUAAUAGUGACAGGAGAAAACAAGUUCUCUCCAGUCUUCGACGCCUUGAGCUACCAAGUUAUAGUACCCGAAAACGAACCUCUUGGUUCAACCAUUCUGAUAGUAAACGCCUCAGACAGAGACAAUGGUCCAAACGGUAUGAUCCGUUUCGAUAUAUCUGCAGGAAACGAAAGAAAAGACUUUAGUAUUGACCGAGUAACUGGAGCAGUCACAAUCCUACAACCUCUAGACUACGAUAGUAUCCAAGCAUAUCAUUUAAACAUUACAGCAAAGGACUUAGGGUUCAAACCCAAGAAAGCUACAGCUAUGUUGGCGAUAAUUUUGACAGACAUAAACGACAACAGCCCUACGUUCAACCAAUCUUACUACGAUGCAUACCUGUCAGAAAACAAACCUCCUGAUACCUUAGUUUACCAAGUUAUCGCAACAGACAUAGACUCACCAAAGAACGCUAUAAUCCUGUACUCGAUAACUGAAGGUCCUGAUAAAGAUUUCUUUAACAUCGAUCAAAAAUCCGGAAAAAUUACAUCAAAAUACUCAUUUGAUUACGAAGAGAAGACUUUGUAUGUCCUCAACGUCAUGGCAGCCAAUCCAGACUCCAGUAUGUUCGGUCAAACUGAAGUUCGUGUCCAUAUAACCGGGGUUAAUGAGUACUACCCUAAGUUUGUUAGAUCUGGGUUCCAUUUCGAUGUUUCCGAAUCGACUGAGAUUGGUACGAAGAUCGGUACAGUGCAGGCAACAGAUCAGGAUUCUGGAGAUGACGGAAAAGUAUAUUAUCUUCUAGUUGGAUCAAGUAAUGACAGAGGUUUUAGUAUUAACAGCGAGACAGGUGCAAUAAGUGUAUCAAGGAAUUUAGAUAGAGAAACUCAGAGUAGGAUUUUGCUCACUGUGAUGGCCAAAAACGCCGGAGGUAUCAGAGGAAAUGAUACUGAUGAGGCUCAUGUAAUUAUAACAGUUCAAGAUGGUAAUGAUCCUCCUGAGUUUGUACAGAACUUAUAUGAAGCUGAGAUAUCUGAAGCUGCAGCUAUUGGUAGUAAAAUAACCACAGUAAAGGCCGUGGAUAAAGAUGUAAGAUACCAGAACAACCAGUUUAGUUACUCGAUAAUUGGUGGAAAUAUUGAUCAAACCUUUAAGGUAGAUCCUCAGACAGGAGACAUACAAACAACAAGGGAGUUAGACAGGGAAACAAUAGCAAUGUAUUCUUUAACUAUGGGAGCUAUUGACACAGGUUUACCACCACAAACUGGCACUACUACAGUCAAAGUUAACAUACUUGAUGUGAAUGAUAACGGUCCAAUAUUUGAUCCUCCUCAAGUUGUCGGAAGAGUUCUAGAAAACGAGCCAGCCUUUACCAAGAUCAUGACCUUAAGUGCUAAAGACCCAGAUCUACCUCCAAACGGUGCUCCAUUCACUUACAAACUUGUUGGAGGAAAACAUAAAGAAUACGUGAAGAUAGACAAACAUACCGGAGUUGUCGUAACAACCAGAAGCAUAGACAGAGAGAUUACUCCAGAACUAAACAUCGUUGUUGAAGUUGAAGACAGUGGAACUCCAAAAAUGAAAAGCCAACAUUCAGUCACCGUCAUAGUUUUGGAUGAAAACGACUCCGAUUCAACGCCCCGUUCAGUUCACGUUGUUGUCUAUACAUUCAACAGCGAAUUCCCAGUUGGCAACAUCGCAAACGUCCAUCCGAACGAUCCAGACCUCACUGGAGACUACCGUUGCAAAAUUAUCCAGAAAUCUGCAGCGUCAAACAUUUUAUCUAUACCGUACGCUUGUGACUUGCACGCUUCCAGAGCUACACCAGGUCUAGGGCAUUCUCUUUCUGUAUCUGGACACGAUGGCAAGCAUAAAGCUGUUGUAUCUACAGUUACGGUAGAGUUUAUUCCUUUCGAUAAUGCUACAGUCGAAAAUUCAGUUACCCUCUUGGUUAGAAACUUAUCGGCUGCAAAUUUCUUAACCCACAACUAUGCAGGGUUUUUGGAAACUAUCAAAAACGUUCUUGGAAGGGAGGAGACAUUAAUUUUGUACAGUCUGUAUGAAGGAGAACAAGGUUUGGAGAUAACAAUGGCUGUGAAACAGGGAACAGUAUACAAAAGUAAAUUUUACACUAAAGAAAAACUUCAGAAGAAAGUUCUGUCUAGUUUGUUCCAAACAGACAAUAUUUUUAUCGGGUACAGUCCUUGUAGUGACGAUACCUGUGAAAAUGGAGGUAUAUGCACGGAAUACCUUACUGUAAAACGCUCAACCAGAAUCACAGACAGUCAAAAUUUGAUCUAUACAUCACCCUUAGUCGUCCACGAGUACAACUGUCAAUGUGCUGAAGGUUUUACCGGAACUACAUGCAACAAACGUCAAGAUCCUUGUUUACCAAACCCUUGCAAGAACAACGGUCAAUGCAGGAGACAAGGGUUCAAUUAUCAAUGCGUUUGUCCUCACAGUAAGGAUGGAAAGAACUGUGAGAUGGAAAGAGGUGAUGUUUGUUCGGAAAAUCCUUGUCAGAAUGGUGGUACCUGCAAAGAAAGUCCUGAUGGUUCCAGUUUCUUCUGUUUAUGUCGGUCAGGAUACAGAGGAAAUCAGUGUGAAGCACUGGCAGAUUCUUGUAGGCCCAAUCCAUGUCUACAUGGAGGUCUUUGUGUCAAUUUGAAACCUGGAUACAAAUGCAGUUGUACCGAAGGUCGAUACGGAAGACAUUGCGAGAAAUCAACCUUUGGAUUCCUCGAACUGUCUUAUAUGACGUUCCCAUCUCUGGAUGCCACUACAAACGAUAUUUCCUUUAUAUUCGCCACUACAAAGAAGGAUUCACUGCUAGUUUAUAACUAUGGCGUUCAGACUUUGGGUAGGAGUGAUUUCGUGGCUAUCGAGCUUGUGAAGGGGCGGGUAGUGUUCAGUUUUGGAGGGGCUCGAACUGCGAUAACCUCCAUCAGUGCCAUGGCGAAGACUAGCGAUAAUUUGGCUGAUGGAAAUUGGUACAAGAUCACGGCGACGAGGAAUGGGAAGGUUAUUUCUUUGAACGUGGGAAGUUGUAAUGAUAAUGGAGAUGUGUGUGAAGAUUGCAGGCCCACUGAUAGUAAUUGUUAUACAGAAAAUAGUGGAGAUACUGGAACACUGAACUUCAACAACCAGCCUCUUCUGAUAGGCGGUCUGAACAGUCCAGAUCCAGUUCUGGAAAGGCCAGGACAAAUUCACUCCGACGAUUUCGUAGGUUGUGUUCACAGCGUCUCCAUCAAUGGUCGUCAGUUAAACCUCAGCAGUCCCAUUCAAUCAGAAGGCAUCGAAAACAAAUGCACCAGAAGUUCAUCCUGCAGCAAAACUGGAACAUCUUAUGACCCUUGUGGAGGUUUUGGUAUAUGCGUUGAUAGAUGGAAACACAACAUCUGCAACUGUGGCAACAACCUCCUAGCACCCAAUUGCCAGAAUGCUUUAUCCCCAGUUACCUUAAGCGAUGGAGGUUUCAUAGAAUACUCCAUAACCAAGAAACAUAAAAGAAUGCAACUCCUUGACAAUAUCUACCUAGGAACGACCCUCUGGGACAAAAGAAGAAGCAUCCGAUCAACCACACCCUUAAAACCAUUCUCAGCUCCGGACAAGAGCAUCAGUAUACUAUUCCGAACAGCAAAACUGAACGGAAUACUCUUUUAUGCCACUUCAAACAAGCAUUACACCUCAGUGGAACUGAUCAAUGGCCAAAUAGUUUACAGCAGCAAAACAUCAACUGUUGUGAACAUGACUGAUUCACAUCGUACAGUAACGGACGGUCUCUGGCAUAACCUCACACUUCACAUGAAGUCCAGAAGCCACCAAGUGCUUUUGGACAACAACCGAUUGGGUGAAGAGUUGGAUUCGGCAGGAGUCCAUGAUUUUCUGGACCCGUAUUUGACUUAUCUGUCCAUUGGAGGUGUCCAACGAGGAUUUUACUAUGUCAAUAACAGUUUUCCCGAGUAUUUUGAAGGAUGCCUGUCAAAUUUUACUGUGAAUAGGGAGAUACAGCCUUUUAACGGGUCAGGAUCGAUCUUUUCUGAAGCUUUUAUGAAAGGAAAGGUUCUACAAGGUUGCAGUGGACUUUUGGGUGUUGGAUCUGCAACAAUCCAAGAUCCACUCAGCAUCGGCAUAACCUUAGUCAUAGUCUUUUUCGUAGUCCUCUUAGUGGCCAUAUUAGUCUCGUUCGUAGUCUUCAGACUGAGAAAACAGUACAAAGAAAAGUCGGGUAGUCCGAAUAGUUCCAAUGGCAUUCACUCCAAACAAAAUGGAGGUCCAAAUUUGGGAAGUGGAGGUAUGAACUCCGUGAAUGAUGGUGUUUUGAACCGGAGCAUACACGGGAUGGAGAAUUCGAUGAGUUACCAUACUGAAGGGGGGAUGUGAUAAGGGAUCGGAGGACACAGUUUGGUUGGACCUGAAUUGUUACCAAAGAAAUUCAAAGAUAGAGAUAUUGCGCAAGGUGGUGAAUUGCCCCGUCCACAACGUCCCGACAUCAUCGAACGCGAAGUCGUCACCAAAUCACCUCCAAUGCGCGACGAGUACCACCCUCCACUACCUCCCUCGUCCAACCACACCCACGACCACGUGUCCAACGACCUGAACUUGGAGAACGCCGAGCACUACAACAUCGACACCUCCAGCAGCUUUGCACCUUCCGAUGUUGACAUCGUCUACCAUUACAAGGCGUUCAGGGAAGGGGGAGGUGUGCGGAAAUACAAGGCUACACCUCCUAAUGUGACAGGGUACCAUCAUAAACAUGGAGGUGUGAAUCCGCAGGCCCAGCAUCGGCAUUCGCCGCAUCAUCCCACAGGGGGUUCGAUGUCCACCCUAGUAGCCUCCGACGACGACCUGGGAGGCCCAAUGUACAGGCCAGGAACCGGUAGUCCCUCCACAACGACCCUCGGCUGGGACUACCUCCUCAACUGGGGUCCCAACUUCGAGAGCCUUGCAGGCGUGUUCAAGGACAUCGCCGAACUCCCCGACAACGUGAGUGGUCGAGUACCGAACUCACUCAGACUCACGAACAAUAGCAAACCCAGUGAGGAGUACGUGUAA